GAUUAUUUCGGAACUUAAUUUUUGGACAGAGACUUUUGAGGAAAUUUGAUGAGGGAGACUUUGAAUGUAUUCUUCAUGAUUUCUUCAAUUUAGCACAGUCAGGACGAAUCCUGGACUUGAAGACCGGAACAGUAAAGAAAGAGGGUCAGCAGUCAUCAAUGAGAAUGUGCAUGGGAUCAAGGCGCUCUUUCAUUUGCAGGAUGAGGUGUGGAAAUGCUCCUCUGGAUCAUUUACCUCUGAACAGAAUAACCACCAUGAGAAAAAGAUACAGGAAUGGCCUUGGCCCAGUAAAAGAAGGCGAGGCACAGUAUGCUGUUGUCCAUUGCACUGGCUAUAUCAAGGCUUGGCCACCAGCAGGAAUGACUAUACCAGAAGAAGACGCUGAUGUGGGACAAGGUAGUAAAUAUUGCCUCGUGGCAAUAGGAAGGCUUCAGGUAACCAGCUCUCCAGUGUGCAUGGACAUGAAUGGCAUGUCAGUCCCAACUGAGUUCUUGUCUAGGCACAACUCUGAUGGAGUCAUCACCUUCGUUGACCCAAGAUGCAUCAGCGUCAUUGGCUACCAGCCCCAGGAUCUUCUGGGGAAAGAUAUUUUAGAAUUCUGCCAUCCUGAAGAUCAAAGCCAUUUGAGGGAGAGUUUCCAACAGGUUGUGAAACUGAAAGGUCAAGUCCUGUCUGUGAUGUAUCGUUUUCGUACCAAAAACCGGGAAUGGAUGCUGAUCAGAACCAGCAGCUUCACUUUUCAGAACCCUUAUUCCGACGAGAUUGAAUACAUCAUCUGCACCAAUACUAAUGUAAAACAACUUCAGCAGCAGCAAGCAGAACUUGAAGUACAUCAAAGAGAUGGGCUGUCAUCCUAUGACUUAUCUCAGGUGCCUGUUCCAAGUAUACCAGCUAAUGUUCAUGAGGGUGGAAAGUCUGUGGAAAAGCCUGAUGCUAUCUUCUCCCAAGAGAGAGAUCCUAGAUUUGCUGAGAUGUUUGCUGGAAUAACUGCUUCAGAUAAAAAGAUGAUGGCCUCAGCGUCCACAGCAGGAAGUCAGCAGCUUUACUCACAGGGAAGCCCAUUUCAGCCAGGACAUUCAGGAAAGGCUUUCAGUUCAUCUGUGGUACAUGUGCCUGGUGUGAACGACAUCCAGUCUUCUUCAUCAACAGGCCAGAAUCUGACACAGAUAUCUCGCCAGCUAAAUCAGAGUCAGGUUGCCUGGACAGGAAAUCGCCCACCAUUUCCAGGACAGCAAAUUCCGUCUCAGUCUGGCAAGGCUCAGUCAUCUCCCUUUGGGAUUGGAACAAGUCACACCUACCCAGCUGAUCCAUCGUCAUACAGCCCCCUUUCCAGCCCAGCCACCUCUUCUCCGAGUGGGAAUGCCUACUCUAGCUUAGCAAACCGAAGUGCAGGGUUUGCUGAAGGUGGCCAGAGCAGCGGCCAGUUCCAGGGGAGACCUUCCGAAGUCUGGUCCCAGUGGCAGAGCCAACACCACAACCAGCAAAGCGGCGACCAGCACUCGCACCCGCAGCCCAGUCAGACCGAGGUGUUCCAGGACAUGCUGCCGAUGCCGGGGGAUCCAACGCAGGGUACUGGCAAUUACAACAUUGAAGAUUUUGCUGACCUGGGCAUGUUUCCACCGUUCUCUGAGUAGCUUGCGAAGCAGAAACGGAAGUUCUUCUCCAAGGCCAUUUCAGCGUAAUUUUGGCUCUGCUUUUUCUGUGUUGCAUUUCUGUAGAAGCUACUAAACCAGAAGACGCAUU